UAGCGUAGGUCGUAAUAUCCAACAAAAUCCUUCAUAUGCGGACCUGACACUGUGCUAACGUGCGCAUCCUCUCUCUGUCUGUCUCUAUGUUCUGUCAUCUCAUCUUAACUUUGCUUCUUCACUUCCUUCCAGCUAAUGCCUAAUUAACUUGCUUCUUUCUUUCUUCCUUCUUCAUUCAGCACACUUACAUAUCCUAAUCCGACGUCGUUUUUCAAACUCACACCAUAGCUGUGUAGUGCAGGGCAGGGUUACCUUUUCCUUUUCCACUUUUGCUCUCUUUCUUUCUGGGCACAGCAAAGAAACUAACUCUUUCAGGACUCAGGCUGGCUCAUGUCAUAAUGUGCCUUCCCUUUCUGGCCUUUUAGGGUUUUUACUUCUCCAUCUCUCUCCAUUUUUUUCUUCUUCCUUCCUGCUGCUGCUGGCAUUUACCUUUCAUCAACAUGUUUGGCAUUUCUCGUCGCCGUAUGAAACUUGGCAGAUUGAAGGUGCAGCUUUCUGAGGCCAAUCCGGGAACCAGAACUCCCAUCAGACACCCCAAACGGAACGGAAACUCCAAUGGAGAAGGAGAGGGAGAUGCUGGAGGUUCAAGUGGCCAUUCUGAUGAAGUUGAUUGCCAGCCUUCAACUGAGAUAACUAGUGGCAGCUCAGAGAACUGGAUGGUCUUGUCUAUUGCUGGGGAUAAACCUACUCCUAGAUCGAAUCAUGCAGCAGCUGUCAUUGGGAAUAAGAUGAUAGUGGUGGGCGGUGAAUCUGGGACUGGAUUGUUGGAUGACGUGCAGGUGCUGACUUUUGAUAGAUUUUCGUGGACCAUGGCAUCGUCAAAGCUUUACUUGUCACCCAGCAGUCUGCCACUGAAAAUUCCAGCAUGCAAGGGCCAUAGUUUGGUAUCCUGGGGGAAAAAAGCACUGCUCAUUGGAGGGAAAACGGACCCAGGAAGUGACAGAAUUUCAGUAUGGGCAUUUGAUACAGAGACAGAGUGCUGGUCACUCAUGGAGGCAAAGGGGGACAUACCGGUUGCUCGCAGUGGUCAUAGUGUUGUUAGAGCGAGCUCUGUUUUAAUAUUGUUUGGUGGUGAGGAUGCAAAAAGGAGGAAAUUGAAUGAUCUACAUAUGUUCGAUCUCAAGUCCUUAACAUGGCUUCCACUUCACUACACGGGAACAGCACCUUCUCCAAGAUUCAACCAUGUAGCUGCUCUUUAUGAUGAUAAAAUUCUUUAUAUAUUUGGAGGAUCAUCAAAAUCCAGGACCUUAAAUGAUUUAUAUUCACUUGACUUUGAAACUAUGGCAUGGUCACGAGGAAAGAUACGAGGUUUUCAUCCAUCACCUAGAGCUGGUUGUUGUGACGUCCUUUGUGGUACUAAAUGGUAUAUCACUGGGGGUGGAAGCCGGAAAAAAAGACACGGAGAGACUGUGAUAUUUGAUAUUGUAAAAAAUGAAUGGUCUGUGGCAAUUACUUCGCCUCCGUCUUCUAUCACUACAAACAAGGGUUUCAGCAUGGUACUUGUGCAGCACAAGGAAAAAGAUUUUCUUGUUGCAUUUGGGGGAUCCAAAAAAGAACCAUCAAAUCAGGUGGAGGUGUUGAUAAUGGAAAAGAAUGAAUCAACAUUGGGGAGCCAAUCAGCUCACAGUAAAUGUUCAGCAUCAGUACUACUUGAAAAACAUUCAUCAUCUACUAGAUUGACCCCCCAACUUAAUGAUUGUUCUCAACAUUUAGUUGACUCAGUUGCUAGACAAAAUCUAGCUUCUGCAAUUGAACAUGGUUCCGGCAGGAGAUCUCUGUCAGAAUCCCUGGUUGUUGAUCCCAAUUUCCCCCCCACCAACACCUCCCUUCGUAAGCAAUUUGAUCACGAUGAAGAAUACAAUACCGAUCUCAAGAUGGACAAGAACUCAGAUGAACGUUCUUUUCCUCGGGCCGUAGAUCACAGAACGAACAAAGAUGACCAUGGUAAACAGAUGAAUACUAGUGAAGUCAAGACCAAUAUGGAGGAACAACAAACAUUGUUAUCUGGAAUUCUAAACCAACAAAACCUAGUAUUUGAAAAUGACAUGCCAGAAAGUGAUAAUUUGUUAUUCAGUGAAAACAUUAACAUUAACAUUAAUUCAGGAUCACUGACUACUUCAAAUGUCUAUUAUUACUAUGAAAGUAAAUUGGCUUCUCUAAUAAGGAAGAAUGGAAUUUUGGAGGGACAAUUAGCAGCUUCCAUAGCGAGCAAAGAAGCGGCAGAGAAAAGCUUGACUUCUGUUCUUAAAAGUAGGCAGGAAAUGGAUAGGAAAUUGACAGAAUCAGAGAAGGAGAUGGAAUUGAUGAGAGAGAAGCUGGCUGGUCUAGAGUUGGCCCAGGAAGAGACCAACAACCUAUCAAACAUUGUGCAUUCUGACAAUGUACGGCUAGAGCAUGAUGUUGCCUUCCUCAAGGCUGUUUUAGAUGAUACACAAAAGGAGUUGCACUCGACAAGAGGAGUUAUUGCAGGAGAAAGAGCAAGGGCAUUCCAACUUCAGAUCGUUGGAUUUUGUCAUACUUUGGGUGUUGUACAGUAUGAAGUUUUUCAUCUCAAACAAAGAUUGCAGUCAAUGGAAAAAAAUCGAGCAUCUACUACUCCGAGGAAACCAUUUCAUGUACAGUGAAGUGGAUGUUUGAACUUUGAAGUAGCUUAUUCCAGUUUUUUUUUUAUGUUUUUAGAGAAGCAUAUUCCACUUAAGAAUUUGAUGUGUACAUAUAUUUGAACCACAGUGAAUAACCAACUUUUUCUCUUCACUGUCACAAGAAGAACUCUGGGUAAUAUAUGCUAUAGGGGAAUUAAUUCUGAGUUUCAAGUC